AUGCACCCAGACCCAUUGAAACUGGAGGAUGUUUUCAGGCUAUACAUCUCCAAAGAUCCAGAUUGUGGACUUUUCCAGUUGCAUUGGCUCAUUGAAAGUGGUGAAUUAGUCAUGUUGAACAAAAUGCUGACCUUGAAACAGGCUUUUAAAUCAAUAUUCACGUUACCAUCAUCUGUGCAUGGUAAAGGAAAUGAAGGUGCAUCUUCCAACUCAAUAUGCCAACACAAAUCUUCUUGGGCUAUGAAAGGAUAUGUUGCAUCUCCGCUAGGGAUGAAACAUGUCAAACCUUGUGUUAUUGCGCCAAUUGUCAACAACUCAGACUCAGAUCCUCCUUCUCAAAAUCAGGAUAUAUAUAUAGCGCAUCAAGAAUAUGAUCAAUUACCUGACUUCCACCCAGACAAUGAUUCAGAUGAAGAGAAUAUACUCCAUGUUCAAACAACCUAUCCUAACUCAGACUCUGGAGACAACUGGCAUCAAGACAACCUCCCUGUGCAGUUGUCAGAUGCUGACACUGACACUAUGAGCAACUCGCAAUCUGAUUCUGACAGUGAUGACAACGUCUCAGAAGAUCAAGAUUUCAUUCCUUGA